GAAGUUGGGGGACCGGGCUUUCGAAGAGCCCGUGCGGUUCGGUCUGCGCUGCCGUAAUUAUUGUGCAAGAUGACGGGGGAAUCUGCGGAAGACGAAAGUAUGAUCUCCCAUUUAAUCCACAAGCUCUCCCCUCCUCGGCUUCUGUUGUCACAGCUGCCCACUUUCCGAUCAUGCUGUGUCCACGAGUCUGCUCGAAAUGGUGUGCGUAUGCAGCAAUGGAACCAGAUGUCAAAUUUUGAAGAAAAAGAGCUGCAUUCCUUCGUGGAGAUAUAUAACAGGAGAGCAAGACCUCCGCGCCUCGUUUUCUUCGGGGAGCAACACCAUCAGCCUCAAGUCUUACAUGCGCAGAUGCAAGCUCUGCAUGAUCUUGUGCGAGCCUUUCGAGCGCUCGAAUCGCCAAAAUCUGAACCUCAAGCGAGGGGCCCACGGAUCAGCAUGGUUAUCGAGCAUUUCUCACUCUUAGAUCAGGCUUUGCUCGACGGAUUCGUGGCCGGUGACCUUCAAGUAGCCGAACUAGCCGAGAUGUAUGGCGAGGAAAGUCAGGAAGGUUUCGAUAUGAGCCACUACAUCCCGCUCUUGGUUCUCGCACAAGAACUUGGAGUGCGUGUUGUUGGAGGCUUCCCGCCUCGGCAGUGGGCAAAACUUGCAUUCAAGGACGGGCUCGACGCAGUAAAGGAUGCCGAAAGGACGAGGAUGUCCUAUGACACUUCCAACCACGCAGCACCUGCAUUUACCCGCUGGGAUCUCGUCACGAAUAUCUCGCUUGCCCAUCGCAGCUACAUAAAGUCACUCAUGCGCCCAAAUCAACCCGUUAUUUUUCCGGCCCUACCACCCGACGUGCAAGAACCCCAAUCGGAAGCAAAGAAUUACACAGCGAGAUACCCGACAGAGCUGCUAUGCGAGCCGGGCCCGCAGAGUAAAGGAUUCGAGACCGCUCAAGCGCUAAAAGAUGCAUUCUUUGCGCACACAAUUACCUCUCAGCUCAUCAAUUCGGCGAGUGGAUGUGGUGAUGGCAUUGUGUUUGCUAUCUGCGGGCUUGGGCACAGCGAAUAUGGCAUGGGUGCUGUGGAGAGGACGAUGGAGCUGCUUCGGGAGCGCUACAGGCCAUCAGAUGAUACGAUAGAACCGUUCCUGAUAGCUAGUAAGCCCGAUGACGGGAGUUUCUGGACAGCUGAUGUCACGGAUCAGGUCGCCGAGGAAGACUCUCAAAUAGCAUGGGCAGAAGACGCCUGGGAUCGCAAAUUGGCAGAUGCUGUUGUACUCUACAAAUGGAGAGAUGAAGGAAAUUAAAUCGAGG